AUGGAAAACGGUUCGGCGGCGGAUAGAUGGUGUUUCAGGCCAAACGAUUUGGCGACGAGGUCGUCGGGGGUGACCAUAAGAAGCGUUCUGACUCGGGUCGUGUCCAACCUCGACCCGGCGGACCCCCGUCCCGUCAUCCCCCUCGGUCACGGCGACCCCUCCCAUUUCCCUUGCUUCCGCACCACCACCGUCGCCGAAGACGCCGUUGUCGCCGCCCUCCGCUCCGCCAAGUUCAACGGCUACGCCCCCGGUCUGGGCUUGCCUCGCGCCAGAAGUGCCAUAGCAGAGUACCUUUCGAAAGAUCUUCCCUACAAGUUAUCAAGCGAUGAUGUUUAUCCAACAGUUGGAUGCACACAAGCAAUCGAACUUUUGGUAACAACUCUUGCUAGUCCCAAUGCCAACAUUCUACUUCCAAGACCAGGCUUCCCAUACUAUGAAGGAGUCUGUGCUUUUACUGGCCUAGAAGCCCGCCACUUUGAUCUUCUUCCAGAUAAAGGUUGGGAGGUAGAUCUUGAUGCACUUGAAGCUCUUGCAGAUCAGAAUACUGUUGCUAUGGUUAUUAUUAACCCAGGAAAUCCUUGUGGGAAUGUCUUUACAUACCAACAUUUAAAGAAGCUUGCUGAGACUGCAAGGAAGCUGGGGAUAUUAGUGAUUGCUGAUGAAGUUUACGACCAUCUUACUUUUGGGAAUAACCCAUUUGUGCCUAUGGGAGUCUUUGGAUCAAUUGUGCCUGUUAUUACUGUUGGCUCUAUAUCAAAGAGGUGGAUGGUUCCCGGUUGGCGAUUUGGUUGGCUUGCCACAAAUGAUCCCAAUGGCAUUCUUCAAAAAUAUGGGAUUAUUGAUUGCAUUAAGGGAGUUUACAAUAUGUCUACUGAUCCUGCAACAUUCCUUCAGGGGGCAAUUCCUCAAAUUCUUGAGAACACAAAAGAAGAGUUCUUUUCCAAAAAUAUUAUUUCACUGAGAGAAGCUGCGGAUGUUUGCUAUGACAGACUUAAAGAGAUCCCUUGCAUUGCUUGCCCAAGCAAACCCGAAGGGUCUAUGUUUGUGAUGGUUAAACUAAAUUUGUCACUGCUGGAAGACAUUAAAGAUGAUAUUGACUUCUGUUUGAAGCUGGGAAAGGAGGAGUCUGUGGUUAUUCUACCAGGGGUUGCAGUCGGACUAAAGGACUGGCUUCGCAUUACAUUUGCCGUGGAGCCGUCCUCUCUUGACGAUGGCCUUGGAAGGGUGAAAGCUUUCUGCCUGAGGCAUGCCAAGAAGCAGUAAUCAAUCAAUCAUACACUUUUGAUUUGAUUUCCUCAUCUCCUCGAUGAAUGGUAAGUGAGAAUGCAAAUGCUGUGUUGGAAGAUCAACAAGAGCUCGUUGAUCUCUCCUUUCAAUUUCAUGUUUGCUAGCUAAUCAAUAAGAUAAGGUGCUCUUGUUGGCUCCUCUGCACUUUCCUUUCUUUCUUUCCUUUCUUUCUGUCUCUAUCAGUUAUUCAAACACGCUAUUAUUGUUGACUUGUAUGUCUUUUCAUUCACGACUCUAGUAAGGUUGAUUAGCAACUCGGCGUUGCUGUCACAUUCUUCCCACCCACUCUCUAAUAAAUAAAGGCCUUUAUUAGCA